AUGGCCGAUGCCAAGGGAAAAGGUAAGAAACUAGAGAGCGAGCCCAACAACAAGAGCCCUUCUAAAGAUGCAAAGGCCCCGAAGAUCGAUGCAAGCAAAGGUGACCCGAAAGGUCAGAAACUAGAUGGAGCCAAAGCUGACCCCAAAUCUGCCUCCAAGGCAGCAGCGCCAGCAGCAUCGGCCGCAGCUGCUGCUGUCAAGGUCGAACCCACCGCAGGAAAAGCUGUGAAGACAGAUCCAAAAGCCACUCAAGGCACAGCAGACGGAAAGCUCUCAAAAUCUGCUCCUCCUAAAGACGAGAAAGAGGCAGGAAAACGAAAGACUGUCCAAGCCCUUCAGGCAGCACCUGAAGAAGCACCCAUGAUCCAAGAAUUUGUCCCAGACCCCGAUAAGGUCUACAUGUACGAUGCGGAUGGCAAAGUGAUGAUGGGCGAAGAUGGCAAUCCCUAUCCAGGGCUCAACAUGUUCGACAUCGUGGGCGAUAAAAUCUUGGACAAGAAAGGGAAUCCCAUACCUGGACGAUUUCAGUUCAACGAGGACGGCAAUAUUUUCCUCGAUGCCGAGGGCUACCCUUUCCUCGAGCGACAGGAAACAACAGAAGAAAAGCAGGCUAGGCUGGCUCUUGAAGAGCAGCGAAGAAAGGCUAAAGCGUUCAGUGAGAAACUAGAAGCUCAAAGGGUGAUGAUGAGUACACCUUUGCCCAGAAAAUCUGUCAAAUGGGACAAGUUUUGUGACACGAUGUAUAGUCCGAGUAGGCUCAGGACGGUCUUGUUGAAAGACCGAGGCAGACCCGGUGAUGACUGGAGAAACUUCGUCAAGACGUACACGAUCGAUCAAAUGAAUCACAGAAUGGCCCGUCAACUGCAUGGAAGGGCGGGAAUUCUAUGGGACAGAUUACACACACAUAUUACGUACUUACAGAAUCCUCGGUAUGCCUCCGAGAAUCCGAAGCACAUAAAGGCUUUGAGAAUUUUUCGACUGGAAGAUACCCCUAAGGGUAAAGAUUAUGUGCUACUUGAUCCUCCCGUGGCGUACUUUGAUGGAUUUGAACCUGGAAAAACGUAUGUUCAACACUUGCGCAUUUUCAAUUUGAGCCCUUGGAGCCAGCGAAUCAGGGUAAUCAAGCCUGGUACUUUGCAGUACUCUAUCACUUCGUCCGAAAAUCCAUUUCAAGGGAAAACAUUGGUGUCUGGUGAUAAAUGCGACUUCGAUGUGAUUUAUCAACCUCCUACUGUGUGGUGCUACGAGGAUCAGGUUGAAGUGAAAACAGAGAUGGAUCACGUAACGAUCCCCUUGUUGGCGAUCAAUCCACUUCCCGUGGUGGUUCUUCCAACAUUUGUUGAUAUGGGUCUCUGCCUGGCCGGACAUGCGAUUUCUUACUCUUACACCCUGACGAGCAAGGGAGCUGGAGCUAACUUCCACUGGUUGCCACUGACAAAUGUUAUGGACUCGGAUGUCGUUAACUCAUGCGUGCAACCAGACCCUCGAUACGAUGAUCUCGAAAGCUACUACGAUAACAACAACAUAUUCUAUAUUCCUCCGUUCGUCUUGUACCCCUACUCGUUCACCACGACAACCGACUCAAAACAGGAGUUUAUUAUGCUUUUUCGACCUCGACACUCGGGGACCUUCUACACUUAUGUUCGUCUUAUGACAGGGACCAAUUUGCACUGGGAGAUUAAGUUUAAAGCCACUGCAAUAGACCUUAGACUAAACUUGCAGAGGUUUGAAGGGAUGGAAUUCAGACCAGGCCAGCGAGAAUUGGGCAUCGCGUUUGGCCAGGUCACCGUGUCUCACAUGGUUUCGAAAGAAGUUACAGUUAAGAGCCAUACACGACUACCUGUAAGGUUCUUUUGGCGUAUGCAAUCGAAGCAUUUGAAAGUGAACGAGGAGACCGAUCCUGAAUGUCUCACGAUGGGACGGGACAUUCCCAUCGAGAAUUUAUUGGUGUUUGUGGCAGACCCAGGCUUCGGCGUCUUUGCUGUGGAGUCAGAAUCUCCGAUCAGAUUCAAAUUCACCCCUUCAGAUUUGGCAAACUAUCACCAGGUUGCAACUUUGUAUGUUGACACGAGGGCUCCUAUGCCCCUUGGGUCGGACGUCUGGAAAGAUUUCAGGGAGGGUCUUAGGAAUGCAGAAUACAUCAAGGCCAACCACUAUGCUGAACAGAACUGGCCCUACCGAGUUCUGUGGGGAAUCGACAACAGUGCAUUCGAGUGCAGCGGCCAAAUCCUUAAUCAGCACGAUAUGAAUACCGUGUCAUCCUGCAUCGAGAACAUCUUCCAUGUGUCACAGGUGGAGAAUGGUGGAACAAUAUUCAGGAUGAUCGAGAUAGACUUGGCUGGAUCGGGUACCCAUUUCAAUGUUCGAUUUGCUCCUUCCUUACUUCAGUUCUCUGGUAUCCUUACGCUUGGCCAGAUUCGUAUCGAGGAGAUCGAGAUGAUCAACGAGAGCCCGGUUGAAGUCAUUUUCACUUGGGAAGUCCACAAAACCCCUUACGGUGUGGUAAAAAAUUCAGCCUACGUUUUCCCAGUCACCGGCAAAAUUGCUGGCAACAGUUCCAGGAAAAUACAGGUGACAAUGAAGGCCAACAAGGUCGGCAGAAUCGAGCUGGUGUUUCAUUGCCUGGUGGAGAGCCCUUAUCACAAAGGAAAACUGCCUCUCGUGCUCAAAGUAGAAGGUCACGUCAGCGGACCCAACGUCAUCAUCACCCCGUGUGUGGUAGACUUCGGCUUGUGUCAGCGGGACUCUACUUACACCCUCGAGAUAGUGAUAACGAACAAGAGCGCAGACUCUCCUGCGACAUUCAAGAUUUUUUCAACCCCUGACUCCCAAGUUCCACGAAGUGAUCCAUCGGAAGAAGAUUCUCAAAUAAAUCCACAGUCUCCCAACUCCAAGAUUCCCGUUGGGUGCACCAUCUUCGACCAAGCUCAGAAGGCUCCCAUCUCAUCCGUCCCACCUUCAGAUCCUAUCCAGUCUGCAGUACCGCAACCUCUUCAACAGACUCCACUGACAGCUCAAUCAGUGCCAGAAUCCAUUCCACCGGAUACGAUUCAGAAACUACCAUCUGUAACCUUCUCGCAACCGUCCUCGACUUCUCCUCCUGAAGCACAGCCCCUUUUGCCUUCCGAAGAGGAGGAAGAGCUAACGAAGAAGCCUGUUUGCCCUUUCCGAAAACCACCACCAGAGGGCCCAAAGAAGUGGCCGAAAGACAGAGAGGUGUCGGCGGACAUGCUAACAGAACCUCAGGAAAGGGCUUGGAUUUCCUCGGCAUUCGGUGAAUGCUUACAAGUGUUCAACGAUGGCAUCACCGAUCCGAAACUACCUCCAACGAAAUUACUGCAGCAACGAGACACGGACUGUCCCAAGUCCACAUUACCUCCACUGAAGACUGGCCGCUUGCCUCCGGGGGUUCUGACAUCCAGCAUCCUGAAAGGAAUCACAGCUCUCGGUGACCAGAAAAUCAUCCCAGGUUUGCAAGCAGCAGCAGGCCACGCUCUGCAACCGGCCAAAGCCUCGAUCUCGAUGCCCACCACGGAUCUGCACGGUUCUCUCAAAGCUCAUGCUCCGACACACUCAACUGCAGUUAGCUUUGCUCAGCCUCUCGCAACUUCAGAGAUUCCAACUCUGGCAGCUGCAGAUCCGAACUCACGGCCUGAUCAAACUGGGAGCUCCACAACCAGACCAUUCGUGGAUACAUCCUUACACCUGGCAAGCGCCGAAAUGACCCCAGGCAUAGUCCACGGUGACGACGAUAAGAGGAAGGACCCAUCUCCAGGUGCACCUGCUGUGAAAAAACCGUUUCUGGAGCAGAUGGGUAACCUCGGGGCUCGAGCCAAAGUCUACGGACCUGGAGGGCCUCCGAUCGUCAGAGCGGGCAAGGAUUACGCAUCUUACGAAGAAGACCUUCUGCAGACACUCAUCUUCGAGCCGUCCGAGGGACAGAUUCCCAAAGGUGGAAACAACUCCGUGAGAGUGAAAGUCACUCUGACUGGCACAAUCUGUGGGUUCAUGCGCUUGGCCAUAGUGUGCGAGAUAUCUGGUGGGUUGUCACCCACACAAUACGCGGUGGCUCGUGCCCACAUCGACAGCCCUGAAGCUUGUUUGAUUCCUUGUUUCGUGGACUUGCGCACCAAGUUCAUCAACAUCCCUAUCGACCUCGACAUUGUGAUCCGAAACAUGAAGGCCUUGCCUGCAUGCUACAACUGGCCGCCCAGGGACAGAGUCGGAUGCGAGCCGGAAGACCUGGACGUGGAGGUGAGGCCUCAAAGAGGUGAGAUCCCCCCGAGGCUGGAGUGGCAGUUGAAGUUCAAGCUUAUACCCCGGAAGCUCGGACCGCUCGACACCGUGCUCAUCUGCAAUGUUUUUAAGAUGAUCUGCCCCUUGGGGCUCCAACUCAAGGCCAUCAUCGUCGAUGUCCGUAUAAGUUACUACGUCUUCCGCCCGGACAGAGAGGACGGCCACCAGAAACGGGGCAGGAAGGUUGCUCAUGAGAGAAUUCUUCUCAAGCGCCAGCAGGAUGCUCUGGGGAACCCCGUGGAGGAGGAAGAUCCCGACAACUGGGUGGACCCCCCGGUUCCCUGUCUGGAUUUUGGUCGGAGGCGAGAGCUGGGGCGAGCCCAUUGCUUGAAGCUGGUGGCGCGAAACCAUUCUCCCAUCGAAACCACGAUCAACCUGUCCAUCGGACACUACCAUUCCGAGCCUCUGGCUUCACUGGUGCGGGAUGAAACAUGGGUCAUAUCGUCCCUGACGGAGAGGCUGUCGUAUUUAAUACCAAACAGGAGAGAUCCAUUUCAAUCUGCCAUGAAGAACAAGGCGAGACAGCAUCCUCCGUUGACAGAUCUCUCCGACACCCAUUUGAAGUACUUCAGUCAACCGGGAAAGCAGAUGUUGUGGAGAAGAGCCGAAGGUGCAAUGCACGAGGCUCUUAUCAAAGAAGGUCAUACCGUCGCAUUCCUUUGCUAUCCCGCGUACUCGGGCAUUCUGAAACCUUGGGGUGACUGGUCUUGCGAGGUUGUGUGCUUCAGCAAUUUGCCCGGUGAUUACAUCGACAUUCUCACCUCAAAGGUGGGUAGACUGAAGCCAGUCGAAAUUCCGCUCGAGAUCCAAAUAGUAGGCACACCUCUUGUGGCUAGAAGAAACUGGCUGGAACCCACAGGAUUACAGCAGCCUCCAAAUGAAGGAGAAAUUGUGGUUGCAUGGCAGCCCACCCCUCAUGGGUGCAAUACAGAGGAGAAGCAGAUUUGGGUGUAUAAUCAGUGUCCUUUUCAUAUCGAACUGCGGUGGGAAUUGAAAAGGCAGAGAAGUCUUGAGGGCAAGUUGGUAACCAUGCAGUUUGUGAUUGAAGAGGACGUGCUCACGCAUGCACUCUUGACAGAAAAGCAAGCUUGGGAUGAGGAGGAUCCAACAGUACAUGUAACCACAAAGGAGCACAUUGGAAUCGUGUAUGAUCAACAAGUGCACGUUGUGUUUAGAGAUUAUCUGCGAAAUCUUGAGGACUCCGACGACAAUGCGUUCUCCAUCUAUCCUCCAACACAGGUGAUACUGGGGCAUAGCAGUAUGCCUUUCAAGAUCAGCUUUACUCCAAAUGAGGAGGGUCUGUACUCCUACAUCUAUGCUGCUUAUUGCAGGCUUUUUGAUGGACGCACCUGUGAGCGGAGGCGUUCCACCCAAUUUGCGUUUGAUAAGAUCUCUGAUCGACCCGACGAGCAAUACACAUUUCGCAGGCCUGAGAAGAAGCACGUCUGUGAGCACGUCCUGACUUUCCAUUCCAAAAAGGAUGAUAAAUUCGUGCACACCUUGGCCCACAAAACUUCCAUUGUGGAUCCAGCUGAUCCAGAGAUACUCGCUCUGAACUUCAACGAAGAUGGCACGAAACCCAGAAGACUCUCAAGAUAUCACUGCUCUGAGGCCUCUAAUUCUGGAUCAGAAGAAGAUGGUUUCCGACCACCGAAGAAAAGUCUAACCAAAAAGGAACUAUCCAGAGCAAGAAUCAAUGCUUACUUACAAAACGUUGAGGACGGAUCCUCUGAUCUUUCGGCCCAAGAUGCGUGGCCUUCAGGUGGAGGUAAUCGUGAAGAAGGCAAGUUGGAAGGAACCAGUGCUCGGACGGAGAGAGCCUACUCUAAAGUGCAUGAUGUAGCGUACGAAUCAGAAGAGGAGGGCGACGAACCCAAGUUCCAGUUUGAUAUGCAAAGGAGGUCCACAAGACAGAGAAGAGUUUCAACAGGGCGGUCCGUGAAUUUCGAUAUGGAUGAUUUUGAGCCUCAGGAUGAACAGGAUGAGAUUUAUGAUAGAGCGUAUAAUGAAUGGAUGAAAAAACCUGACGUCUUUCUGGACGAGGUCAUGGCCACAAAGCAUGCCAAGAAGUUUUUCAACUUUGAAGCCAUCAGGCCCUUGCGAGUCUCGUUAGAAGCUAUUGUUCUGAAACCAAGGCUGAAAACCAACUUUGAUGACAUGCUCCACGAGAGACUGUCAUUUCGCUGCUUUGGGAAUGAUCCUCCUGAACUGCGAUCUGAUACUCAAGCUCUUUACCUCACCAAUGAGUACCCUCACCCCAUCAGAUUUACCAUGCUAGAGAUUCCCGAACCAUUUGUUAUUAUGAACACUAGAAAGGGUGUUGUCAAGCCGGUCGGAAGCCAGAAGUCGGUACAGCGCAUGUCCAUAUUUGACGGAGAUGGCCCAACCUAUGAACUUGAGAGCGGCAGGACUCUGCAAUUCAACAUUACUUUCCAGCCAGCAGUUGACGAGUGCAAAUUGAAUCCACCAGAUGUGAUUUUCGAUGUUCACAUCCGUCUUUACUUCACUGAUCGACAUGACCAGCUUCUUCCGCUACACGGUGAACUACUCUUCCCAGAGGUGAGACUUAUGCAGGAUAAAGUUUGCCUGGGCGAUGUGGUAAAUGGAACAGAUACCCAGGUUAUGGACUUCAGCUUGGCAAAUCCAUGUCUUCCAGAUGCAGACUGGCGAAUAGUAACCGAGAAAUUUCAUCUGGAAACUGUGGAGCUUGCAGCCAGGGGUAUACCACCUCGAUGGGAGGAUGCCCAAGGACUGGACAAAGUUUGGCCCAUUAUAUGGUCUGCUAAUCCGGAGAGAGGUAGGAUUCGCGGUCGAAGAGAUCUGGAAUUGACAGAAAGCCUCGGAAUUCAAUUCCACUGGAACAGGCAGAUCGUGACAAUCUCAUUUGCACCAUUCGACAUUGGGUUCUACAGUCAGGUAAUAUACGUGCAAAUCCGCCUCGGUAGAGGAGUUCGACUAACUUUGGAAGGGACUGGCGUGGAUGAGAGACCCCCUACUCCACCUCCCCCUCCUCCACCACCACCUGAAGAACCGAAGGAAAAGACGAAAAAAGGUGGCAAGGAAGUCAAGAAACCUGGGAAGGAAGCUAAGAAACCCAAGAAGUGACCGACAGCGACAUUUAGACUUCUAUUCCUGAGGCACACAUGCCAAAAUCUGGUGAGAGUCCAACCCGAAAUUAUUUCCAAAAAGAAGCUUUUCAAAUUUAGUGGAACAGGUAGAAGAGAGAAAUGAGCAACAUUAUGAAGUGGUCCAAUCGUCCAGGCUUCGGUUCAAACUCAGGCACGUCUAAUUGCAGUCCUGACUGCACACACCAGAUUAGGAGACACAGAAGAUAUAAACUUCCAAAAUUAGAGUAUUGAGAGAGUGCGAACUUUUGAAGCUGAUAAUGGUUAUUCCCAGCUCCAGGUACAGUGUUGUCGUCAACGAUAGAAAAGAAAAAGCAGUUUCCACCACCGUUUGAGAAAGAAAUUCAGAAUCGAAGACUUCGAACCAAGACCAUGAAUUGUACAUCAUCCUAAACCUCCAACCAUCAAACACGCCUGACAAGACCAUAUUCUUCUUAGGACUUUGGUAGCAUCUGCUCCAGCAUCAGCAGUCAGAAAGUUGAAACAUCUGGUCACAAUGCGUAGCACAGUUGACUUCAGAACAGAUUGAGGCACAUACAGAAGAAAAAUUCGCGAACUCAAUAAAGUUCGUAUUCACAUGAUAAUUAUUGUAAUGAAAGUUUUUCGCAAAAUUUAAGAUGUCCUCCCCUUUGGGGAAUUAAUUUGACAGCUGUUGCAUGACUCGCAUUUGGAGGGCUCAUACUCCUCAAUGAUGGUUGAAAGUAAAGUACAAAGAAGCAUCCUCGCCAACAUAGCAUGAGAUUUGUAAACUCUUCACUGAAGGUGAUCUGGACACUAUGACAUAAAUAUACCCCGUGAAUAGCCCUCGAGCUGGAAUCACCAACACAAGAUGGAGCUAAACUCUAAUGCUUCUCGUAGAUUGACACCCAUCCAUCACAUAGAUUUUUGCUCCUCGUAGAACUCGAUUACCACCCCCUUUCGCUCAAUGCAGCUACCAGUUUGCCCAAAGUUUGGUCAACACCCAUAUUCCAGGCAUGUAUCAAUUGAUCUUUGGUCCGGCGUCCAAAGAUGGGCUCAGGA